AAUUAUAGUGGGGAAUAGCUUGUCGUGACUUUUUUUCUCUCCAUCGGAGCUCGCCGGAGAUGGAGGCGGAGGCGGCGCGCAACGCGAAGGAGACGCUGGAGCUUGCGUUCCAGAUCUCGAACAUUCUCGAGACUGGCUUGGAUCGCCACACCCUUUCUCUCCUCAUCGCUCUCUUGGAUCGCGGCGUCAACCCUGAAGCCCUUGCCGCCCUCGUCCGUGAGCUCUCGCCUUCCCGUCAAUCCUCCUGUGCUCCUAUCCCUCCUGUGACGGCCUCUCGCCAGCCCUAGGUCCUUUUAUCUAGAUAAAACCAGCAGAGCAACCCGAAGAAACUUCAAAGCCAACAUUCGUGACAGAUUUUGGUGUUGCGACAACUUCAAAGAUCCUCUGGUAAGUUUUAAGGUAAAAAACUCUGGAAUUUUGUCAAACUCUCUAGCUUCAUUUAAACUGACAUCAAGUCUUAAUAUUUUUGUUAUUUUCCAUUAUUAUCUGCACUGUUUCUAGAA